GGUUGGUCCUGAUGAGCGCAGAAUAUUUAGGAGAAAGCGCGAGGAGGGGGGAGCGCGGUACAGGAGGAGUACCUCGGCCAAGAAAAUUAUGCAUGCGUUAGGGAAGCUCUGAGAGAAUGGCUGUGGAAGCUCUCCACUGCGGCUUGAAUCCACGGGGUAUUGAUCACCCUGCCUGUGCCGAAGGUAUUAAACUGCAAAUUGAAGGUGAAGGUGUUGAAUCUCAAUCCAUUAAAAGCAAAAAUUUCCAGAAGGUGCUUGACCAAAAAGGAACCCCCAAGCGACUUCAGGCAGAAGCUGAGACAGCUAAGUCGGCUACGGUGAAGCUGUCAAAACCUGUGGCUCUGUGGACUCAGCAGGAUGUCUGCAAGUGGUUGAAGAAACAUUGUCCAAAUCAGUAUCAGAUCUACAGCGAGUCAUUCAAACAGCAUGACAUAACUGGGCGAGCCCUGCUGAGACUUACUGACAAAAAGCUUGAACGAAUGGGGAUUGCCCAGGAGAACCUCCGGCAGCACAUCUUACAGCAGGUGCUCCAGCUGAAGGUGCGAGAAGAAGUCAGAAACCUGCAGUUACUCACACAAGAUGAAGACAGUGAGGCUCGACGAGCUGAAGUGACUUGUCCCUCUUGCUGCCAAAGACAGAAGCUCACUUCAGACAGAGUCCAAAGUGUGCCCACUCUCCACUACAUCACAAUGCCUGAUGCUUCAAGUCCAUGGUCAACUCAAGUUGAAAGCCUCAACCGAGGGUUCUCCAUAAACGUGGUUAGCCUUUCAAGCUGCUGUCCUGCCAGUUGAUAUGAACAUGGCCUGUUCCUCACAGAAAGACUUACUCGUGGCACUGCCAGAAGAUAUCCUUGGAGCAUUGACAGAUUAACCAGAUUAACUGAAAAAACACCCACUCAGUCAAGAUGAUGGGCUUUGGAAAAUCUUAGUUUGUGUGGAUUUUGAAAUGAGGUGCAUAAUAUACAGUGCCAACUCAUUCCAAGUGGUCAUUGGCAGACCAUUAGCUGGAAAAUUGCUUCCAGUUUUCAUCACUGUGCAUAACUCAAGCUCCCUUUGGGUAGCUGUCUGUGCCCUUCACUAGAAGUCCUAUUUUAGCAUGGCAACUACUGGAUUAUUUUAUUAUGUGUGCAGAUGGCAUGAUGUGUUAGGAAAAAAUCACAGCAGUUCUGCAAUCUCAGUGGAAGUGUUCACCAUGUUAUGCCCUGGUAGGAAUGUAAACAUGUCUCGAUUAUGUUAGUUAUGAUGUCUCAAGGUAUUCUGUCCAACUCUUAAGCACUUUAUAUGAGAACACUACACUGAAAAGAAUCAGCACGUUCGGUACAUGUGAGGAAAUAAGUAUUUUCUUUUUUCUUUUGCAAAUCUUGUCUGUCCAAGACAAACAUAUCCCCAGUCGUUUGUGGUAGAUUGGUGUAAAUAUGGCCACAGUACUGUUAGACUUAACCUCUUGACACUUUACUGAACGACUGGGUUACUUGUAGCCCCGAAGGGAACUAGAAGUGGGCCUGCUGAUGGUAAUAUCUUAGGUCUUGGUUCUGCGUACCUAGGCACAACUUAGCACACGCACCUACCAAUACUGGAACACACAGGGGGCUUGUAUUUGGCCAAGGUCCGUAUUCUCUCAUUCUGUAUAAGAGUUAUUUCAAAGAAAAUAAAAGGGGUGGCCUUCUUUUAAUCUAAGACCAUGCUGGGUUGAUGGUAAGGACAGCAGAAUGCAGUUUUCCUGUGUGGUCCAACUUUAAGACUUUGGAAAACUCUCUAAGUCAAGUUGAAGUCACAACUCUGGAGGGAAAAAACACCAAGUAACCCCCUUCAUGCCUAGAAACAGAAAGUGUUCAAUCCCACAUUAGACUCCUUCCUCGGUAGAGAACCUACUAGUCCCUUUUAAUCCUUUCUGGGAUUAUACCCACAACUAAUUAUUUUUUAUGCUAUGUUUUACAACAAAGCACAGUCCUGGGAAACUGGUCAGUCCAGUUAUUGCUUAUCUUUAGGCAUUAGAGAAAUGUCCAUAUUGACUGACCUUACAUAAUGCUUUAGCAUUUUUUUUUUCCUGAAAAUAUGAAGUUGGCUGAAUCAAAAACUCAGCAAAGUGUGUUCUGUGUGCCCAUGACCUCAGCCAGGGACUGAUAGGCAUCAGAGGCUUUUCUUGAAAUACACGUAACAACUCUGGGACCCUGCCAGCACAAGCAAGCUUGACAUUUUAGGGAGUCUCCAGACACACACUCAUUGUCUACUCUCCCCACAUCUUGCCUCCUCUGGGGGGGGGGGUCUCAGGAAAUGCAUAGCCCAUUGAAGAAACGCCCAUGCCUGAGAUUUGGAAAGCUGACCAGGAAGGGGAGAGAGACCCACAUGUGAUUCGGGUGAGCCACCCGGCAGGAUGACUCAAGCCUGUGGGCAUGUGGUGUCACAGAACCAGGCUUCCAAGAGGGAACUCAGAGAAGUUUCAGUCACCGCCAAGAUCUGGCCCUUCAGUGGGUCAGCACCAGGCCCAUGAAGCCCUCGCAGACCAUAACCCUUUGCUAAUCCAGAAUUAGGAGGCCAAACCCUGGCUGCCAGUGCCCCUGGACAUAACAUCCCGGUCUCUACGGCCCACGGCCGGAGUUUCAAUUCUAACUGCAGGGCUUCCUCAUCUUUCGUUCCUUCCUUUACUCAGCAAGCGUUCUUUGAGCACCUACUAUGAGCCAAAUUUUAUGCUGGGGCAACGACAGUGUGCAAGGCGGACUCUCCUUGCCUUUAUGAAACAGUAUCUCCUCCUCCCAGACACUAUCCCCACCCCACCUUUUCCACAGUGAAAACUGAAUUCAGACAUCAUCCGCCCCCAGCCUGAGAAACCUGGGAAAAUGCACAUGGCAGCAGGCGGGUCCUUUGAGGAAGUGGGCAGGGGAGGAAGAGGUAUAGACAGCAUCAGGCCACAUAUUGGCACCCUCCAUGUACGAUCAGCCCUUCCAGCACCUAGAUUUAGCUGGUAAGAGCUUCCCAAAGCAGCUUUCAGUUGCUUCCCUUGAUAUCCACCCUGAUUGCCUAGGUUCCCAUUCUUCAUAUAGACGCAACCAUUCCUCAUUAUGCUGGAUUCUCUGAAGUUCCAUUUCUAUAAUUUGUCCUGGGGAUGCAGAAUUGGGCCUGAUGAAGCCAAAAGAACUACUGGCAGGUGCUGAGAUAUUGGAGCUGGGAAUUAAUUGACCUAGCAAGGGACAUUCUGCGACUACUGCUAACACCCUUGGGAAACUGGUGUUUUCCCACCAGUUUCCCAAUGGUGCAGAUGUCCGUUAAAUGAUGGUGGCUCAUCCUUACUCACUUUGGCUUUUGCAAAAUACAUCCUGAACAAUUAAAUAGGAAAGUUUCCUAGCUUUUUUUCUUUUUUUUUUUCUUGAGUCGAAAGAGUGCUGGAAAAUUAUUAAAAGUUAAUGGGUGAAGAUGGAGAUGGGAGAAGGCAAAAACGAAAACAAUGGAAGAGCCCAGUUGAAGAUGGCUUCUCUAAAAAUGCCUUAAUUCCUGGCACGUACCACAUAUUUGCAUAUGAACUGCUACUGUUUUCCAAACUGUCGACUUCUGUUUGAAAUCAUUUUGGGGGAUAGUUUUGGAAACAUGGUGGCAUAAAAUCUGAGCCGUGAGGAGCUAAACCAGCAAAAUGGAGAAAUGACUUCGUUCACAGCCUCGGGAUUCUUUGCUACCUGUUGGUCCACAAUUACCCAUGGUUCCUCCAUGCUGUGCUGUACCUUCUUCCCAAGAUGUUUGUAGGAAAUUUUACCUCCCAUAAGUUCAGAAAUGGCUGUGGUGAGUUCUGUUCAGUAGGAGGCGGGACACGGGGGAGGUAAGGGAUAAAUAUUUUGAUGUCUGACGGCUGUACACUGUUGAUGUUUGACUUUUCCUUUUCCUUAAACCUGUGCUACACCUUUUAUUAAAAGGCGGACACCCCUACUUGUACAGGAAGGGCGCUCUUGGGAAUGAACAGAAAUGAAUAAUUAUCUGACUCUCUGGGACGCCAAGGGGAUUAGCUUGUUCCAGCUCCAGAACUGAAUUAAACAUGCAGAGCGGUGGUGGUUCUGCUAGGGUGAAAAGCAAAUCACUCCAGUGGUUUAAGACAUACCUAGGGGGUAGGGACCCCGUCAGCUUUCUCUGUGGGUAAUGGCUUCAGAUCCCUGCUCAGGCUCUGUGAGGUGUGUAACUGCACAUUUGACUUCUACCUCCAGACCACGGGUAAACAGCCCAGGCUUCUCUCCAGAGUCCCUUCUCAGUUGCCCACACAGAAGCUAAUAGUCCUUAGUUCUGAGGGAUUUCUGCCAUUUUUAACAUUCAAGGGGAAAAGGAAUAUCAACCUUCCAUGAGAAUAUAAACGAAGGAUAAAAACCUCUAAUGGAUUUGCCCUCUUGUUACUUGCAAAUGCUUUCUUUGUCUGCAAAUGUCACAUAAUUGAUUUUGGAUAGGAACAAUAAAAGUCUCCUGUAAGAAAAGUUUUCAAGACCCCCUUAGCACUCUAGUUUUACCAAAACCUCUUUCCAGUGCAUUAGCAGCUUCAUUCUUUGUGAUGCUUUCCUCUACGUUCUUUAGAGUAAUUUUGUUACUUGACAACUAGACCUAAAGCUGUCGUAAUCUCUUUUUAAAAAAUCUAAUCUUUGAAAAUGACAUAGAUUUCUUUAUACCUUAAAGGCGGUUUUUAUUCCUCUCUCCCACAGCCCCCACCACCCCACUUUUUUGUUUUGUUUUGUGGGGGGUUUUGUCUUUCAAUCUCUUUCUUCUUUUCGCAUAGUUCUGUGGGUAGAUUUCAAAUCUUCUAUAAAGAACUCAAACAGAAAAACAGCCAUAACCUUCUUUCCCCAGUACCGACUAAUAAAUCCUUCUUAAGCUGAAUCUUGGUGAAAGCUUGCUGCCCAAACAGCAGUGGGACAUGGAUGGGCAUCUCCAGGGAGUGACUGGUCAGCACCACUAAUCAAAACGGAGCCCAUGAGAUCAUGAAGGAGCACAGACCAGGAGACGCCUCUGCUCAGGGCACAGCUGCGGACUCUCUUUCAAAGACAAGCUGGUCCUGCUCUUUAGUCUCCUUAGAUCUGCAUCUAAUCCUGUCACCAGAGAACUAUCUUAUGAAUUCUGCUUUAUCAAUGUGCAUGUCUUCUGGCACCGCUGCACAACUUCAAGGUCAAAGAGGGCCGCGUUUCCAUUAUUUUGCUCCAGUGACUUCCUCUAGUGGGGAGACAGGGAGCAUUCUUUUGAAAGCUCACCACCUGUGGGAAGCUUGAGGAAAAGUUGUCCAGGUGCACAAGGAGGUUCUGCCAUUCCUUAAGAAGAAGAACAAAAGAGAUCCUUUCCUGGAGAGUCUCUUCCGGGAAGGUGGCUGGAGGAAUAGUAUCAGUACUGGUUUUCUUCUGCUCAUCACCUUGGCCCUGCAGGGAAAAUUCUAGGCCGAGGGGGAGGGCCCUGUUUCUAAGAUCUAAAAGUUUGAGGGUGAAAUUCAUCCAUGACAAAUAUAAAGGGAUAGUGCCAAUGAGUACGGGGGCCAUGUUUAGACCUCCUGCCCAACAGCACCAAGACUGAGAAACGACUUCCACAGAAUAGCAGAAAAUGGGUGUAAGCGGCUUUGUACCUCUGGAGUUUCAUUUGCCAAAUAGGGCUAUUUUAAAACCUUGAAGAGCCCCAAGCAUCCUUCCUUCAGAGCCUCCCUUCCCCAAUUAUAUCAAGCACUAGAAGGUACCAACAACAUACACUUAGUAAAAUUUGAAGUAACCAUAUGAUUUGCAUUGAAUUGCGGUUGACUGGUUGACAAUAUUAAGUGUUGUAGCUCUUUAGACAUUAUUUCUGAUUAUAUAAUAUUCAUAUUUUGGAGCCAAUGGUUUGGGGAUUUCAUUUGUUUAAUUGCUUGUUUAAUUGUUGUUGUUGUUUUCCAAACCUCGCACAUUUGCAGGUCUUAGAAAGGCUCUUAAACCCAGGCCUUUUUGCCUAGAAACAGCCCUACUAACAUGAACAACAAGGAGACUGUUAAAUUAAUCCUAUGUUGGAGAUAUAAUACCUAAAACAUUUAAGACACCGAAGACUCUGCUGGUUGCCUUCUGCAUUGUUUAUAGCCUUUUAAAUUUCAAUCGUUUGAAUCAAGGGAAAUAAGCAGGCUGCUUUCACCUGACUUUGCCACAUUGGCACACACACAGGUACUAAACGUGGAAUUCUAAACUGGAUUGACAUAUAAGAGCGCACAGGUCUGUGCGAUUGUAAUCACCAGCACCCCGCCCUCCCCGUAAUCCUAUAAAAAUGUAUUCAAAUGCUUUGCUCUGAAAAAAAUUCUAAAAUAAGAGAUUCUUAUUAGAUCAUUAUUUCUCUCAGGGUGGGGGAACUGAUUUUGUGACAUAAGCUUGAAGAAAAAAUUGCCCGCCGUUCAAUGCCUUGAGCAUCUGGUGGUUAACACGCCUGGUUCCACAAGCCGAUGGUGGUCUUCUCCCAUCACCCCAGAGCUUAGCCUGGCCUCCCUUUACAAUAACACAAAUACCACGAAGACACUUUUUGAAGCUCUAAGACUCCCUGCUCAAGCAUAAUUCACAAAUAUGACUUGGAUUGAACACUACCAUGGGCCUUGACUAUAUGAUUCCUAAAUAAAUUCUAAUUCUUUAUUUCCACUAUUUUUUUUUUUUUACCACAGUUAUGUAUUUGCAUUGGGAGCUGCCUGCUAACUCUGUGGCAGCUUUUGACAAUUCCUAUGCCUAGUUCCCAUGCAAUGCGUUUGAGAGAAGACCAAGAAUAUGUUUCCCCACGUACCAGCUGCAGAGGUUUUGAAGUGUAUAACCAGGUUCUUCUUCACAACAAAAGGCCCCUGUCUAUAGGUGGGAACCUUAAAAGAGAAUGAGGAGGUGGGUAUUCAUGUUUGAACACUGGAAACAUUGGGUUUUUUUAAUUGUAAUGCACCUCAAAUCACCAGAAAGAGAAGGGGUAGCCUCUUCGAUGAGCAUUGGCCCCCACUGCGGGUAGUUGGGGUUCCACUUGCUUAAACUCACACAUAGGCAACUUGAAGACUUUUUGGGGCUCUGAAUGAUUUCUCCACCACUACCUUUCCUCCACCAAUAGAAACAUGCUAUCCUUACAAGGCCAUGUUUGGGGAGACCACAGUUUAGCUCAUGAAAGAAGUUCACAUUGCAAAGAGCUGAAUAAUGCACGGUUCUUGACUUUGCCCUGUAAGUCUCAGUCAUGAUUGGCACAGAAGCAACUAGUCUGCUGAAAAGCCAAGCCAGCACAAAUGUUUUGAAACUAAUUCCACCAAAACUCUUGUGUCACUAAAUCAUACAACUGUAGUUCCAGUUAAUCCGACUAUUUAAUAUCAUUGGGCACUAAAUUAAAUAGCUGUACACAAAAUUUUAGAAAAGAUCAAUAUUGUAACAAAGUUACAUAUGCUCAGUAAAAAGUACCUGAGAAAAGAAAAUAUUGAUCUCUUGUGGUUUGUAUACUUGAGUUAUUUUUAGGACUUUGUGGAAACGCACCAUUCUGAUAAAGGGGAAGAAGAUGUUUUGAAUUAAAGAAUACUUGACUUCAGUAGAAAUCACUCCUCUCUUUGGGCCUUUGCUCAUCUGUUUGGGAUGCAACCUUAGCAGACAGGGUUGUUUGGAGACUAAAAUGAGCCAAAGGGAGAAGCUGUCCUGUACCACCAAAAUAAUCUGUGUAAUUAUCAUGGUGAGGCGGGCUACGGGCUUGAGUCAAUGAGCCCCUUCCCUUACUUUAUGCCUCCUUCUCAUAGCUGUUAUUACUGGGACUCCAUUCUGGGAUUUAAAAAAGUAAAAGAAUGAUAAGAAAGUUACAGUCAGCAUUUUGCACGCACACACAUGCUUUUUCUCGUGUAUGUGGGCUGAUCUGCAGAGCCCAAGGCCAAGGCACACGUUUAUCUCCACUUCUCCACCUCCCAGAGGUUUAGAGUCCUGUCACGUAGCCCAGAGGGAGCGUCUCAGGCUUGGCAUAGUGCCAACAAAGGCUGCCAACCGUGGGGUUGGAGAAGACCAAUGAAAGUAUGAAGUUGACAACUUGAGAGUCACAGGACGCGGAGAGCCACAUUCAACUUUCUUGAUGUGCUACUGUAUAUUAGUAUUCUAGGAAAGAAAGAGGAAGAAAAAUCACACGAUAUGAGUAGAAAACCAGUGUUCUCAAUAGCCUAUGAAGGAAAAGAAUUUGAUGAAAAAAAAACUGAUUCACUGUUUUACAAACACUAACAAACAUGGCUAUAAAAGCACAUUUUGUAACACAAAAGCCUAUGUAGACGGUAGAGGUUUUUAUAGCUUCCUUAAGUGAGUAGUUAAACCAGCAGUCUGAAUUCUCUUAGUCCCUUAAGAGUGGUUAAUUAAAGAAGUAUUUUCCUUACUCAUUACCCACAACGGUGGUUUUUUCUCUAUGCACCCUAGAAAAACUCCCAGGACUAGACAUAGGAGGGCACGAGCAAGUUACAUGGCGCGAUGAGUGCCUUUUCUGUCAGAAGUUCAUUUAGUUCCCUGGGUUCCCAGGGCAUAUGAUGUUUAGAAACUUUUUCUCUAAACGUAAGAAUUAUUGUGCACCACAAUUUUGAACCACCGAUUUCCAUAUCUUAAGCAGCUAUCAACUCGCCAGUUCUCUUCGGGUCUCCUUUAUAUUUUCUUAUAAUGUCUCCUCCUGUUUGGGGUUGUCCUCCAAAAGAGUUGGGGGGCAUGAUUCUUUUUAAAUUGAUAGAAAUGAAACUGUACAGAUUUUUGCCCCCUUGUAUCUGUGAGCAUGAUCUCUGUCAGGCUGGAAAAUCUGCUUUAUCAUUUUGUAUAUUUGACUAUUUUGUAUUCAGCAUUACUUGAUUCCCUAUGUGCAUGGCGAUGUAUUAAAAUGUGGGAUUUCUA